AUGAGUUGGUUGCUAAUUUUAUGUUUACAGUUUUUCUUGUUGAUUUCUCAUGUUACUAUAUCAUGUUCCUCUCAGUUUUUAGGCCAUCUCAACGAGAGUUCUUACUUGCUGCAGUUCAAAGCCUCUUUCAACACAGAUAUUACUGAUACCUCUUGUAAACUGGCUCAUGCAGAUGUAUCGACAUGGCAAAAUGGGACAGAUUGUUGUUCAUGGCUUGGUGUCACACGUGACACCAUUUCUGGUCAUAUAAUUGGUCUUGACCUCAGCUGCAAUGGCCUUCAAGGUAUGGUUCAUCCCAACAGCAGUCUUUUUCGUAUUUCUCAUCUCCAAACACUCAACCUUGCUCAUAAUAGAUUAUUCCCAACUCAAUUCUCAUCUCAGUUUGGUGCUUUUGUCAAUCUCACACACCUCAACCUGUCUGAUACCGGGAUGCGAGGUGAAUUUUCUUCCGAUAUCUCACACCUUUCUAACCUAGUGUCACUUGAUCUCUCCAUGAAUGAUGAUUUAAAGUGGACACAAGAUGUCACUUUGAAGAGGCUGCUUCAAAAUGCUACAUCUUUGACAGACCUCGUUUUUUAUUAUACGGACAUGUCUUUCAUCACACCAAGCUCGUUUUUGCGUUCCUUAAUCUCUCUUCUUUGGCUACUACUAGUCUUAAAGGAACUGGUUUAA